AACUCAAGGCGGUCUUUUCUGUCUUUCCCUCAGUAUGUUCGGAUCUGUCUCUCCGCCGUUGUGGGAUUAUUAUCACACAUCGACAGGAUCUGAAUGAAGGCUACUUUUGCAAAUUAAGUCUUGGGUUUACAUGUUUAGAUAGCAGUUCCUCACAAAGCCGUCUGUAAAGACAUCGCAAUAACGUGUAAGAGGUUUGGGUACCAUAUGAGAACAGUGGAGCUGAUCACUCAAGUUGUACUGCGGAGUACACCAAGGGUCACUUUACAAUGCCAGUACUACCAAGUCAGGAGAUUGCCACCAGAUUCAAGGAGAAAUGGAUGAAGCUUCACCCAGAAGACCAAGACGAUGAGAAUGGUUCAGUGCACCUGGAUGACAGUCUCACCAGCCUCCAAUGGCUCCAGGACUUCACCAUAGUCAGUGCGAGUCUAGAAAGCCUACCGGGCUCCACUUGCCAGCCGUACCAGCUGCCUCAGCCCAGCCACCUGCACCCUCAGGGCUCCGACUCCCCCUCCAGUCCACCUGCUGGGGACACUGCAGCCUCCGGCAUGCCUCAGAGUGCAGGCAGCCCCAUCACCUCCAGUGCCUCAGCCAACAGGACUAGUUACUACUCACUUCACCCGACAGUGACCAACCACCACCAGAUCACUGUGCCAGCCAAGUCCCUGGAGGAGGUAGACUUCAAGACCAACCACGAGGUGAAGCCUCCCUACUCCUACGCCACACUGAUCUGCAGAGCCAUGCAGGCCGGCAAGAAGAACAAGAUCACACUGUCUGCUAUCUAUAACUGGAUCACAGAGAACUUCUGCUACUACAGACACACUGAGACCAGCUGGCAGAACUCUAUCCGACAUAACCUGUCACUCAACAAGUGCUUCAUGAAGGUUCCCAGGCAGAAGAAUGAACCAGGAAAAGGGGGAUUCUGGCAGAUUGACCCUCAGUACGCGGACAUGUUUGUCAAUGGAGUCUUCAAGCGCAGGCGGAUGUCAGCCAUCCAUUUCAACACCCAGAGACACAGCAAAACCCAAGGAUCAUCCCGUAAUCGGAAAACCCAGGAGUACCACCAGCAUUUCUCCCAGGCCCACUACACAGUGUCCCACAGAGGAGCAGGUGCUGGGAACAGAUGCAAACUUAGUGGCACAAAGUGGGAGACAGUCCAUAAGUCACCACUGUUGACACCGGAUCUCAUGGAACCAGAGGCACUGAAGGGUGAACUAGACUGGGCCAUGGUGUUUGACGAUGUUCUGAAUGGGAGCAGCAAUAACUUUGAGGAUCUAGACAUUAACUUAGCUCUGAACUCCCUGGGCUGUAAGGUGGAGCUCUCCCAGCAGGAUCAAGGCCGGGCCUGGCACCUGGGGAGGUGGUGCAGCGGAGGGGCUGACCGGGACCACCUGCAGGCCUGCAAGUACAUGGAGGUGACCACCAUGGGCUGCUACAACAUGGAGGAGAUCCAGCAGCACCUCAAUCUGACUGGGCUGCAGCAGCCGCUCCCUUUGGGGGUCCACCCACAGCACUUUGAGGAGCUGACACUGUUCCCUGAUGAGCAGCAGAGGCACCCCUGGGAGGAGCUGAAAGAGGAGGUGCAGGCAAUGCCUAUUACCCUGGACCAUAGUCUCAGCUUCUGUGAAGGCUUCUUCACUGAGAUGCAGCCAUGGGGGACAGCAGAGUCUUAUAUGUGACACCCUCACCCAGCACCAGCCCCAAUACUGAACAAGCAGUCCAGCAGGAGGCCAGAGGACCUAUAGACUACUGUUUUGCUACAUUAGCAUCAUGGAUUCAUUCAGAAAAACAUACGUUAAUUGAUUUUUGAUUUUUUUAUAUUUUAUGUGCAUUUUCUAUUUGCUUUUUGAUUGUUUGCAUCUAUGAAAUAAACAUGCUGUUUUUAACAUAGCAUUGAAUGUCUGUUAUAUAACUAAUACAUCUAUCCUAAUUAGCAACCACUUCAUUCCAAAAACCUAUACACUAAAAUCUAUACACCAGUCAAACGUUUUAGAACACCUAUUCAUUCAAAGGUUUUUCUUUAUGUUUGACUAUUUUCUACACUGUAGAAUAAUAGUUAAGACAUCAAAACUGUGAAAUAACACAUAUGGAAUCAUGUAGUAACCAAAAAAGUGUUAAACAAAUCAAAAUAUAUUUUACAUUUUAAAUUCUUCAAAUAGCCACCCUUUGCCUUGAUGACAGAUUUGCACACUCUUGGCAUUCUCUCAACCAGCUUCAUGACGUAGUCACCUGGAAUGCAUUUCAAUUAACAGGCGUGCCUUCUUAAAAGUUAAUUUGUGGAAUUUCUUUCCUUCUUAAUGCGUUUGAGCCAAUCAGUUGUGUUGUCAUAAGGUAAGGGUGGUAUAAAGAAGAUAGCCCUAUUUGAUAAAAGACCAAGUCCAUAUUUUGGCAAGAACAGCUCAAAUAAGCAAAGAGAAACGACAGUCCAUCAUUACUUUAAGACAUGAAGAUCAGUCAAUCUGGAAAAUGUCAAGAACUUUGAAAGUUUCUUCAAGUGCAGUUGCAAAAACCAUCAAGCGCUAUGAUGAAACUGGCUCGCAUGAGGACCACCACAGGAAUGGAAGACCUAGAGUUACCUCUGCUGCAGAGGAUAAGUUCAUUAGAAUUACCAGCCUCAGAAAUUGCAGCCCAAAUAAAUGCUUCACAGAGUUCAAGUAACAGACACAUCUCAACAUCAACUGUUCAGAGGAGACUGUGUGAAUCAGGCCUUCAUGCACGAAUUGCUGAAACCACUACUAAAGGACACCAAUAAGAACCAACUUGCUUGGGCCAAGAAACAUGAGCAAUGGACAUUAGACAAGUGGAAAUUUUAUAUUUUACACACACACACACAAGAAGGAUAAGCAAUAAUGAAAGAUGUGUGUAUAUAGUGUUUUGGAACUCUUCACAUAUUAAUAUAAUAUAAUUUCAGAAUCAGUAUUUUGUGGGCAAUCAGAUCAGACAUAAUGCAAGAGAGAGUUGUGCCAUGACAGUUUUCUGGCUGUCCAACCGGCUGCAUUAUGUUCUGAAAGUCUUCAACUGUAAAACUUUAUGAUGAUUUUUUAAUAUUCUUUCCAUUAGUAGAUAUUCUAAAAAGGCUCAGGAUUACCUAACAUUAGUAUAGCCAUGGUUGUAAGGGUAUGUUAUCUACAUGAUGUUUUAUGUAUGAUUCAAGUAAUACAGUUCAAAUAUGAAAAUACUGAAUAACUUUUUCAGCAUAGAUGGUCAUUUCUUUGGCAGUAAGUUUAUCUAAACGUGCAUGUGAUGAAUGGGGUGAUUAAUUAUUGAAUGAUUAAUUAAAAGGCUGUAAAUAAUGCAUUAAUUAAAUAAAGACAGUGGACUUAAAAAUAAA